UGGACAAAUGCUCCAUCAAAAGGAGAUGGCGCAGGCUACCGCCGCAUUCGAAGAUUGCGCAAACUACCGCCACCAGAGUGCACCAGAGUACCAGAGUCUGGCCGGUCUGGCGGUCGCCUGUCUGGCCGCGCGUUUGUCCAGGACACGGUUGUUUUUGUCGUUCUGGGUCAGUGGUCUGGUUCUACAUUUGUUGCAACUUGUAUCGCUUGGUCUUCGCUGUAGCCAUGGACCGGGUCCACGAAGCUGACAGGCGAUCUUGGAUCGGCGAGAAGAUGAAAGUACGAGACUUCAAACAGCAAUGGACAGACACGUUCGGCUCUUGCGAAAGCGAUCCCGAAGAAAAUGGUCUUCGGUACAAAAUCGUGGAGCUCAUGAACGUUCCCGAAUCUGUGGUGAAAGCCCUAGAGGAGGAGUGUGGGCUCCAUUCACUUUCAUCUGUACAAGUGCUGGACUUGGAAGACAUUCCAGACAAUGUAGACCUCGUGACUGUAAGGCUGCAGAAGCAGGACCUGGAUAAACGUGCAUCAGACGCGGCCUACCGCUCAAGGUCGAUCCGAAUUUUUAAGAUGAUGGGCUCCACCUCCAAAGUUAACUUUUCCAAGUCCAAACCUGCAGGCAGGAUUUCUAAAGGAGGCUCACCUAGUGAUCAGGCACCAGUGCCUGAAGUAGCACUAGUGGUUCAGAUCUUCCGGCCCAUCAAGCUACCGAACAAGCUACGCAGAGUCACCAUCAGCACCUUCAUAAAAAACAAGAUCCAGGGAGAGGUGGUUGUGCUCGGUUCCCAGUCCCUGACCACUUUACGCAACACAAUAAGUUGUGUUGCGGACAUCAAUGCGCCAGGGGACUACAGUGAAGAUCCGGACAAGCCUCAGUGUCCCAAAGCCAUUGAUCUGUACAAGUCCGGCUUUUUCUUCAUUGGCAACACUUUCUACAAUGACAUGACAGAUCCAUCCUGCAGGGAUUACAGCCAGGUGAUUCGUGAAUGGGCCAAGAACCCGAGACGUAACGUGGGUCCAUUCGAGGUAAAGCGGAUGGAGGACACAUGCUUUAAUGACCUGGAAAUUCAAUUGGGCUACCCGUACGUCUACGUGCACCAAGGAUACUGCGAGCAUCUGAUCGUCUUCAGCGACAUGAGAAUGCUGCAUUCAGACGAUAGCCAGCAGAUGUCUGACUAUCCAAUGAUCCUCCAGAACCAUGCCCACUCCAAGAGGUUACUCUGCUGGCUCUGCCAUAAGGCCCCUGCCAAUUGGGUGACUUAUGAGAAUGAGCGUGUGACGGAGGACCCCUUCUUUUUCUGCGACACCUGCUUCCGGUCCUACAACUACACGGCUGACAAGAAGAAGAUUGGACACUUUCGAGCGGAGCCUUAUCUCGAUGCCCUAAUCUGAAGCAAAGCUCACAUUUCACGUUGUACCUCAAUUUUUUACAAGGCUACUGCAAUUCGAGACUCAGAUUGCUUAUUUAUUUAUUUUUUUGAUGGAAUUACAAUUUGCAGUGAUUAUGUAUGUUUGUGAGUGCUUAAGAAGUAUUAAAGCAUCCUCCUUUUA